UUUGUAGGAUCAUUUUGCUUGCUUCUUGUUCGAAUCUAACUAUCCAUUUUUCAAGAGCUUCUGUAAUUCCCCCAAAGAUCUUCCUCCCCUUGCCUUCUUAUACUAAAUGCUCUAGAUCAUCGGAUGUUUAGGGUUUUCAUGCUCUUUCUGGCCUAGGCAUUAGUGUGGAAAAUUCUUCGUCACUGAGCAGCAUGCUGAGUUGGGCGGAACACUUUGAAUUCGAUAGCCAGUCUAUGUAGGUCCAUUGAAUUAUAGCGAUGGCCAAGGACGUUGAGUUGGACGAGGUGUAUAGUUUUCUUUCAGACACGGUAGUUUCUCACCAGCACCACAUCACUGGCCUGCUGCCCGGCGAUGCCAGCAUCACCAACAGCCAUGCCUGGGUGCGUGAUAAUGUGUACGGUGCAAUGGGCAUGUGGGCGCUGGCGCUGGCACAUCGCAAGCGAUCGGCGACGGACGAGUACCGCGUGCGGGCGUUUGAGCUGCAGCAGGCUGUCGUUAAACUCAUGCGCUCUCUCCUUGCAUCCAUGAUGAAGCAGGUUGAGAAAGUUGAGGCCUUCAAGAAGCAACCAUCACCUGAGAAUGCACUUCAUGCCAAGUACUCCCAAUCAACUGGAAAUACAGUGGUCGGUGACUUCGAGUGGGGUCAUCUCCAAGUCGAUGCCACGUCCUUGUUCUUGCUCGCUCUGGCUCAGAUGACCGCGGCAGGUUUAUCAAUUGUUUACACGCUUGACGAAGUGGACUUCAUUCAGAACCUCGUCUUCUAUAUCGAAGCCGCCUACAGAACACCAGACUAUGGCAUAUGGGAGCGUGGCGAGAAGAUCAAUCAAGGCGUUGCAGAAUUGAACACCAGCUCUGUGGGACUAGCUAAGGCUGCACUGGUGGCACUGAAUGAAGACCUGUUUGGUGCAAGUGGCGGCCCCGCGUCCGUAAUCCACGUCUUGUCCGAUGAAGUGCAGCGCUGCAAGGCCAUGGUUCAUUCUCUAGUACCCCGCGGCUCGUUGUCAAAGGAAGUAGAUGCAUCUGUGUUGAUGGCCAUCAGCUAUCCAGCAUUUGCUGUUGAGGACGAGAUGCUUAUCGACAGCAGCCAAUCUCAGCUGCGCGCCUUGCUCGAGGGUCGUUACGGCUGGAAACGUUUCCUGAGGGAUGGUUAUAUGACUGCCAGGGAGGAUCAAGGACGGUUGCACUACAUGCCUGCCGAGCUCAAGCAGUUCGAGAACGUCGAGUGCGAGUGGCCCAUCUUCUUCUGCUUCCUGAUGCUGGAUGGCUUCUUUCGCAAUCGAUCCGAGCAGGUGACUCACUACCGUCAACUGCUUACUGAUAUGCUACGGCCACAUGUCAUCAAUGGUCAUGAGCACAUGCUCCUGCCAGAGCUCUACACGGUCCCAGGAAGUGAGGUGGAUGAGGAAGCUCGCAAUCCGGGCACGCAAGACCGCGUUCCGAUAGGCAAAGGGAUAUGCGUGUGGAUCCAGGCGGUGUACGCCAUCACUCAACUCCUGGACAAGGGCUUGCUGACACCCAGUGAGCUGGAUCCAUUGAACGGCCGCCUAUCAACAGCUGCCAUGCCCGAUGUUGUUGUUCAAGUGGCUCUGAUAGCCGAGGAUCACGACAUAGAGCAGGAGCUGCUCGACUGCGGCGUGCCGUGCGAUGCACUGCCGAACACGGUGGUGCUGCCAGCGCGCCGCCUCAGCAAGGUCUACGAGCAGCUGGGCCGCAACACCAAGCUGCGCCUGUCCGGCCGUCCCAACCAGAGCAUUGGCGUCAUCGGUACCAGCAAGCUGUACCGCUACCACCAGACCAUGUUUGCGUUUGUGCCGGAGUUCCUCGACCAGGAGCAGUUCUACCUGUGCCUGGACAUCGAGAUGCUGGUGGACAUGAUCGAGACGGAGCUGGCCUACCUGCGUGCCAACUGGCGUGUGCUGGGUCGGCCGACGGUGACGCUACCGAUCACGCGCAACAUGCUACGCGCUGUAACCAAGCACCGCUAUUCUGGCGCACAGCCUCUGCAUCCAGAGUACUCACCCAUGCGGCAGCUGAUUGAGAAGUUCCGGUCCGGCUUUGCCAGUGGUGUCAGAGUUCUUCUCGGUCACCUGGACGACUUCACGAGCACGUCGUGCAUCCGACAGCUCAGCUUUCUGGAAACGCAGAGCCAACAGCCCGCUGACCUAGGUAAUCGAUCGGGUAGUACGUUCAGUAUCGACUCCAUCCCUCACCACACGACCGCCGCCAGUGCUGCGUCGAGUCCCCACGACGAGUUGCUCCAGCCGGUAUCUCCGCGAUCGGCCCGUCGAGUGCUGACCGGCGGUGUUCGCCGUGUGCAGCGGCGGGACAGCAGCAUCUUUGGAAUGAUUCGCCGCUCUCGGCGGUCCAUGACUGUCGACAGCGUCCCGGCAUCGCUGAAGAAAGACUCCGGCAGCGACAUCCUUGACGCUCGUAAGGGAACGGACCCGUUGCUGCAGGUCCGGCCUCCGUCGCAUAUUGUCAAUGAUCCACUGCCACGCAAUGGAGCCAACGCAAACGGCGACCAGCCGCAUCGCGAAGCCGUUGCUGGCAUGGACUCGUUGAUGAGACUUAACAGCAAUACGCCUUCCUUUGCCGCUCCGAGUGGCAACACUCCAAACUUCGCCUCGAUCAACGGUAGCCUGAAUGCGGAGGAGCUGCUGGAUCAGCUCAAGUCGGCCGACUCCAUAGAAGAGCAGGCCGAGGCUCUCCAUUGCUUGAGCAUGAGCAAAGGAGCUGAGUGGGAAGUGCCGGGCUUUGGGGAUGGCUGCACGGUGGCUUAUCUAAUGGAGGAGAUUUACGAACGGGCUGGCCAGUUACAAUAUUGGUCUCUCGUUCGCCACAUGGCCGGCCUGCGGAAGAAGAGGGUCGAUGAACUUGCUGAGGCGGCAGCUGACCUCAUUGUGCAGCAGAAACAGUUCACAUUUGGCCUGCCACCGAUCUCACACGAAAUAACAAUCAGCAGUCCGCUGCCCUCAGAGGAGCUGAAGCAGCGUAUCUACGAGAUCUACGGUGAAGACUUCAGCUCGGCUGUCCUGGCGCAGGAGUUGCUGGUCUACCUGGCCAUGUUUGUGAGAAGUGAGCCGGCGCUGUUCAACUCCAUGCUGCGCCUGCGCAUCAGUCUCAUCAUGCGUGUCAUGGCGUCGGAGCUGGCGCGGAAAACCAACUCUCCAGUGCAUGAUGCGUCAGAUCAACUAGUCAGCUUGAGUCCAGCGGAGAUGAAAUCCCUGUUGCACUUCAUCCUGAGCGGCAAGGAAUUUCUCGUGGAGGGCGUUACCGGUGAAGAAGGCAGUAACUACAAAGAUCGCUACUCCAUUGUUGCAGCCAGCCACAAGCAGCAGCCAUCUAGAGUGCUGCAGAUUCGAGAGAGUGUUGAGGUACUGACUAGUAUGAGUGGAGAUGCUAGCCGUGAGAUGCUGGAGAAUGAGCUGGAUGAGGCCGACCACUAUCGUCACGGGCAAUGGCUGCGGCGACGCCAGCUGGACGGCGCUCUGAACCGAGUGCCGGUCGACUUCUAUCCGAAAGUCUGGCACGUUCUGGAUCGGUGCUAUGGCAUCUCCUUGGAUGGAAACUUUCUGCCGCGUCACCCAACGACACACGAGAUGACUGCUGGUGAGUUGAAGUUUGCUCUCCUGCUUGAGUCAACUCUGAACCGGAUACCGCAGCCCGAAUACCGGCAGCUCAUGGUCGAGGCACUAAUGGUGUUGUCCAUUGUGGCGUCGUGCGACCCUCAUCAGCAGCUCGGUGGCAAUAUCAACAUGGACGAGAUCCUUCAGAAUGCCAACCUGGCGUUUCUGCAUGAACAGCUGGUUGAGAACGGAGACGCAACGCAGUGCUGCUGCGCCAACGGCACCAUCAAGACGGGCGUGUGCAGCGCCACGCACGGCCUGUGCCUUCACUUCUACGACUGCGCGCCCAGCGGCCGCUAUGGCACCAUGUCCUACCUCUCCCAGGCCGUGUUGCAGUGCUGCAGGAAAGUGCCGCGGCAACACACUAGCUCUCCCGUUGUCGACUCCACCACCGCCCAAGAUGGUCCGCCGGAGUGCAAAAUCCACUGAAGUGAUGAUUUCGCAAAAUCGACUGGAGUGAUGAUUUCGCAAAAUCCACGGAAGUGAUGACUCGCAAAAUCCACUGAAGUGAUGAUUUCGCAAAAAUCCACUAAUGUGAUUUCGCUUCAUGAAACGUCAUCCUAUUUGGCUAUUCUUCGGCUGUGCGCGUUUGAUUGCGGCACCCCUGUGAGUACUCUGCCAGUACAUGUAUUGCCUUCGGGUAGUACUGUCCGAACACCCAUGCAGAGCACACAUUGAUUUGUAAGUAUUGUACAUUGUGUAUAGACAUUGGUAUUUUGUAUAUAAGCGUAGGCAUGUAUUUAGUAUCUGUUGGCUGUAUGAUUCGAUUCGGUGAACAUAAUCCGCUUUGCAGCUUGCUGCUCUUUUUCUCUAUUCAUCGCAUAGGUGUACAGAUUUAGUGCGUCUUUCUUCUUUUUAGUGCUUAUGUUGAGAUGCCGAGAUGUUGUCAUAGCCCGUUGCCCUAAACCCCCCCCCCCCCCAGUAAUUCUCUAUUCAUUCUGCACUCUCGUUGCAAAUGAAUAGUGUUUUAAAUGCCCCCUCUCCACGUAACGUUAGAACCACAAUCGUGCAGUGUUGUUAGUUUUAUCCUUCUGCUAGACUGUUCCCUGUUAUUGUUCCCUUCCGUCUGUUUUUUUUAUUUUUUAUUUUUUUUUAAAUUCCACCUAGCAGUGACAGCUGAGACCUUGUAGAUCUGUGUUCACUGCCGUGCAAGAUCGACCCUUGCCUCUCUGAUAACUUUCUUUCUAUUUUCGCAUUCACCCGGCUCUCGGUGACCAUGAAUACUGCUUGGACUCUGUUAUUUAAAACUGCACGUUGACCGAAAUGUGCAAACUGGACUAUUUUUCGCUUUCAGCUCACGUCACCGUCUUGAUGUGUGCACGACUUUGUUUUUUAGGUGUUGGCCGCCUGUGCUUGUAGGCACUCUGUUUGUUUGUACCUGUCUUCUAUGCUCAGAUUCUGCCCUGUGGCAUUUUGUUACCUUUUUUUAUCUCUGGAUAUUUGCUUCUAAAUCAAACCGUAGCAGUGACUUGUUAGCAUGGUUAUGUGA